AUGAUAUCAGUCGCGUACAUUACUUACCGCAAUUGCACUGGGAUAGUUCCUGCUGACUAUACUGUUGGCACUACUGGAAAGUUUCUUGUGGACGCUUUUCCAGGUUAUUUGGUCUGUGACCGUGAACUCCAGCAACACGUGGAGUUGAUCGAACAGUCUGUCCGCUCGCGGUUCUUGCUGCUUGAGUAUUUACUGAUGUAUCACGAUAUUUCCGUCCUAUCUCAUGAGGAGAAGCUUUCUCACUUCUCCACCUACGACAACGACGACGGAAGCUGCACUCUCGGAAAAAUCGUAUACACUGCUUAUCGCAGUGCUCGGGUCAUUUGUGGUGAUUAUGCCCGUCGGAGUACUGACUUGCGCUUGGAGACGAAGACGGCAAAGGAAUCGCGCCUGAACUCCGCAACAGUGAGCUAA